GGUCACGUGAGCGCCAGCGCUGGGUGGAGGCGGCCGGACGCCUGGGUCCCGGGGCGGAGGAUGGAGACGCGGGCGCUGCUCGAGGCCUGGCGGGGGCGGCUGGGCCGGGAGCUGGACGCGGCCAUCGGCUUCUGGGCGCGCCACUCGCACGACCCCGAGCACGGCGGGUUCUUCUCCUGUCUGGGCCGGGACGGGUCCGUUUACGACGAUGUGAAAUUCGUUUGGCUGCAGGGCCGGCAGGUGUGGGUCUACGCCCGGCUGUAUCGCACGGUGCCCCGGUUCCGACGCCCCGACCUGCUGGAGGCCGCCCGGGCCGGUGGGGAGUUUCUGCUGCGCUGCGCCCGCGUGGGGCCGGGGUCCCCCAAAGCCGCCUUCGCGCUGAGCCGGGACGGGCGCCCCGCCAAGCUCCAGCGCAGCAUCUUCAGCGAGAGCUUCUGCGCCCUGGGGCUGGACGAGCUGGGCCGCGCCACGGGGGAGCCCCGCUACCGGCGGGAGGCGCGGGCGCUGCUGGAGGCCGUGGUGCGCUGGGUGCGGGAGGACCCGACGGAGCUGGGACGCCCCCUGCUGGCCGGCGCGACACCGCACGAGCCGCUGGCCGUGCCCAUGAUGCUGCUGUGCCUGGCGGAGCAGCUGGGGGACGGGGACGGGGACGGCGCCGGGGGCCCCCUGGCCGAGCUGGAGGGGUGGUGCGCCCAGCGCCUCCUCCACCACCUGCAGAGGGACGGCCGCGCCGUGCUGGAGAACGUCUCGGAGGACGGGAAGGAGCUGCCGGGCUGCCUGGGGCGGCAGCAGAACCCAGGCCACGCGAUUGAGGCCGGCUGGUUCCUGCUCCGAUACGCCCAGCGGCAGGGGGACACAGCGCUGGCGGCUCAAGCCAUCGAGGGGUUCAUGGUGCGGCCCUUCCAGGCUGGCUGGGACCCUGAGCACGGGGGGCUCUUCGCCUUCCAGGAUGUGGAUGGGCUCUGCCCCACACAGCUGGAGUGGAACAUGAAGCUGUGGUGGCCCCAUGCUGAAGCCAUGGUGGCCUUUCUCAUGGCCUAUGCCCACAGCCGCAAGCCCGCCCUGCUCCACCUCUUCAACCAGGUGGCUGAGUACGCCUUCCAGCGGUUCCGGGAUCCAGAGCACGGCGAGUGGUUUGGCUACCUGGCACAGGACGGGAAGGUGGCGCUCACCAUCAAGGGGGGGCCCUUCAAGGGUUGCUUCCAUGUGCCACGUGCCCUCUACCUGUGCGAGGAGAUGCUGGAGAAGCUGCUGCAGGAGCCCUAGCACCCGCCCCUCUUCUCGGGGAUGCCAGUAAAGAAAGUGCCUACAGAGAGUUUUCUCCUUUA